UGCUCAUCUCGUGCCGUAUAUUUAUCGUAGUCAUAAUGAGAUGGCAAGCUUCAAUGAAAAGUGGGAGUCUGUCUUAUGUUCUACCAUGCAAUCGUCUGCCUGUGCAGUUGAUGAGUCAAGUGAGAGUUUAUACCUCCAAUGGUCAGAAAAAAGAUCUUGGAUCAGAAGAUACAAAUAGAUCAACCCCUGAAGAAACCCUGCAUAAAGUUGGAACAGGACAAGAUACGACCAAUGCAGGUCAAAAGCAGUCUUUCCUUAAAGAGCCAAUCCAAGUGAAAGUGAAAGCAGUCCUUAAAAAAAGAGAGUAUGGACCAAAAUACACACAGAAUAACUUCAUCACUGGAGUCAGAGCAAUAAAUGAGUUUUGUCUUAAAUCCAGUGAUUUAGACCAGCUGAGAAAAAUUAGACGACGAAGCCCCCAUGAUGACACUGAGACUUUCACUGUGUACCUGAGAUCGGAUGUAGAGGCAAAGUCUCUUGAAGUUUGGGGUAGUCCAGAGGCUCUUGCUAGAGAAAGAAAACGACGUAAAGAGGCAGAGAUCAAGUACAGAGAAAAUCUAUUUAGAAACCAAAGGCUGUUGAGGGAAUACAAGGAGUUCUUUGGAAAUACUAAGCCACGCUCCAGUGCAGCAGCUAUGUUUUUCAAGGGACCAGGGAAGGUGGUAAUGGUAGCUAUUUGCAUAAAUGGGUUGAAUUUUAUCUUUAAGCUACUUGCUUGGGUUUACACGGGUUCUGCAAGUAUGUUUUCAGAAGCCAUACAUUCUUUAGCAGACACAUGUAACCAGGCAUUGCUAGCUUUGGGCAUCAGUCAGUCUGCAAGGACACCUGACCCUAGUCAUCCGUAUGGUUUCACAAACAUGCGCUAUAUUGCCUCCCUGAUUAGCGGGGUGGGCAUUUUCAUGAUGGGUGCAGGACUUUCUUGGUAUCAUGGGAUCAUAGGUUUACUCCACCCUCAUCCUAUAGAAUCUCUUCUCUGGGCAUACUGCAUUUUAGCAGGGUCACUGGUAUCUGAAGGAGCUACCCUUCUUGUUGCUAUAAAUGAAAUUCGCAGGAGUGCUCGAGCCAAGGGUCUGUCAUUUUAUCAAUAUGUCGUGCAGAGUCGUGAUCCUAGUACAAAUGUGGUGUUACUGGAGGAUGCCGCAGCAGUUCUGAGUGUGGCCGUAGCUGCUACCUGUAUGGGUCUGACUUCUUUAACAGGAAACCCUUAUUAUGACAGCGUGGGGUCUCUAGGUGUUGGAACUUUGUUAGGAACUGUGUCAGCAUUUCUAAUCUACACUAACACUGAAGCCCUGCUGGGACGAUCCAUUCAACCUGAACAAUUGCAGCGACUCACCGAGUUACUGGAAAGUGAUCCUGUAGUAAGAGCAAUUCAUGAUGUUAAAGCCACAGACAUGGGAAUGAGCAAAGUGAGAUUCAAGGCAGAAGUAGACUUUGAUGGACGGGUUGUUACUCGUUCUUACCUGGAAAAACAAGACAUUGAACAGCUGCUACAAGAAAUUCAACAAGUGAAAACCCUUGAAGAAUUAGAAGCCUUCAUGCUUAAGCAUGGUGAGAAUAUCAUUGACACACUGGGAGCUGAAGUAGACAGACUUGAGAAGGACCUAAAGCAACGAAAUCCUGAUGUUCGUCAUGUGGAUUUGGAGAUACUAUAGACUUGGCAGAAGAAAUGUUCAGGUUGCUACCAUUUUGGAAAGAAGUCAUGUGAAGGGCUGAAAAGCUUCUGAAAUUGCAGUGACCUCAGCACCAUACCUCGCUUACUUUUGCUGUAGGCUUCCUGGACUGUUAGCACUGCUUCUGUUUCUGGAAGAGCGCUAGACUCGCAGACAAAAAUUUCCAUGGCAAAAUCAAUUUAAAAAAAGCUACUUGACUUAAAUUCCACAGGAGAGUCUGUUAAAGUAUAUUUACUGCAAUUCAGAGCUUAAGACUUGAGGUUUAGUUAGGCAAAUAUAGCUGCCUGAAAAUAUACAACACACUUAGUUUUUUCCCUUUGUGUCCCUUUGCAGUCAGUUUGCACUUCUUUAGUUUCUUUCAAGAUACAUUAAAGGUUCUUGGGAGAUACUAAGAUUAGCUAGGAAGAGUUUGUUCCAGUGGAACCUGCCAACCUUAAACUAAUAUUUCAACUGUGUGAUUCUUUCACAGUUUUUCUUUUCUAUGAGAUAAAUUCUUUCAAACAGGCGCUGGCCUCCUCUCAAGUACCAUGACCUGGAAACCUGCUUUUUGCCACCGUUGCGAUCACCAACCGCGCUUCAGAAGAAUAAGGUUUUUCUCCUCAGUGGAGUCAGCUGUAUGUGGUUAGCCAGAGUAUGUUAAGUUACUGUGAAGAAAUUACUGUGUAGAGAUUUCGGUGAACUUCCUCUGUUUAAAUUUUGUUCUUUUUUUUAUCCCUACUUUGACACUUGUUCUCUUAUUUGUAAGUAUCUUCAGAUGUAAUCUGGGAGAUAUUUAUGGUAGUGCUUAUUAAAAGUUACCUGGCAUUUUUGGCUUUUUAUAAUUUUAAUAGGCUGUGUUGCCAGAUAUGGUCUUUGCUAGAAAGUGUAAGAGAUGUAGUUGGAAGUUAGAAUAGUAAAAAAUGUAUUAGAACUAUUUAUAAUUAAACAAAUGAAUACAUUGUGUUUUUAAUUUAUUUACCUCUAGACAGUAUCUCUUACCUGAAUUCUAAACUGCUUGCUUUGUGUUUUUUAAGAACAGACCUUGCUUGUUUGGGAAAGUAAAGUAAUUCCAUCAGUGGUCCUCAACAAUCCUGAGAUAAGCGUUUAGAGUUUAUAACUUUGAGAUGUGCAAUUCUAGCACUGUAUAUAAUCAGCCUCAAGGCUUUCUGCAAUAGGCACCCAAGUUGUACCAGAUUCUUUGAGACCCAGUCUUUAUUAAUAAGUACUGAUCAUGCAAGUUGAAAUAUAAGUGAAAUAACUGCAUAGAAAUAACUCUGAGGAAAAUCCUUUUUGCACUUUAACGUAUUUCAGUAAAAUGAGAAUUCCUCAUGGGUGAGGGGUGGUAAUAAGACCCUUGUAGUGACUCAGUUGCUGGGUUAAUGACUGACUUGCUGAAAGAAGAAAUGUUGAUAUGAAACACAAGUCUUCAAAAAUCAAUUUAAGAUUAAAUUAUAAGCAUUGCAGCAAAUAAUAAUUGUGGAGACCAAUAUGUCCAGAUUUGACUAAAAGCUUUUUAGAAUGUUCUUUUUCAUACUAAGUGUCACUUACCAGUGAAUUAUGAGCAUUUAAAAUAGCAUGCCUUUUGACAACUGCAAAGCACUUUGCAAUGCUGGUCAUUUUACGUAGAAAAACAUUCCAGAGCUUAGUUACAGACGGGACUUCACAUACAGUAAUUGUGGGUGAAGGGGUCUCUUUAGUACCCUUGUCCAUAAUCCCUAUUCACCGGUGGCUUCUUGAUAGCAUAUUAGCUUAUUAUGGCUCAUCCAAAAGAAGGCUUAUUUUAUCUGGUUUUCUCCUAUUGUAGUACUAGUUAGUAUAUUUAAGCCUGAUGAUUUGAAAUGCAGUUUAAAGGGAAUUUGGAAGUGUACUGUAUCAAGUAAAUAAGGCAUAUUUUAGCACAUUAUAAAUAAUUUACCUUUCUUGUCGCCCUUCCAUAUAAACUUCAUCUCAUCUCAGUAUGCACUCUGCUGAUGUUAGUCUUAUUCAUGAAGAGCACUGGAAUCUGAUAAUGCAUAACCUCUUUCCUUCCUAGAAUAUUUAUAUGGAUUUUGAAUUUGAAUAAACACUUUAAUAAACCUGUUAGUCCAGAAAUCUUAAAAACCUGAAGAGAAGUGAAACUGGGAAAAUGUUCUUGCUGGGGAGGUUAGUGGAGGCAGCCAAUGUGAUCUGAGAGGUUUGUAUGCUGGAGUUACUGAUGAAUCAGUAGUUUUGCAGGGCAGAAAUUUCACUGAGAGGUUAGUAAAUGUUAUCUCAAUACCGAAGCGUUCCCAUAUCUUGUUUAAGAGGAGGCAUGAGUUUAUAUUCUUACAGGACAUCUGCUCCAAAAGCCUAUAAAAAUGUUUUUUUAUUCAUGAGAGAUGUAAUUUGUAUGAAUUCGGAUCUUAAUUUCCUUAUCUGAGUCAGAAGCAUACGCAUCCACACACCUUUUGUUUGUGUUCCAGGAUAAAAUUCAGAUCCUUGUCUCCCAGUUACAUUGCUGAUUAUAGCAUCACAAUUUGUUAAACUUAAGAAGCCAGAACUUGAAUGUUUUUGGGUACAUAACAGUUGCAUAGUUUGAGGACCCAGUUCCAUUUUUAAAAACAACGUGGAUGGUGAUGUACCACAAAAAGGCAGACUGGCUUUGGCAGUACCUUCUAAGUUUACAUGUCUUGCAGUUGGAUGAAAAUAUCGAUUCCUUUCCAACCUGAGAGGCUUAAUGAAAAGUAAUUCCAAGCUGUUACAUUUUAAUAUAUAUUAUAAUUUGCAGAUUGUUUUUAACAGUUUCGACAUUUUUACUGCUUUUUUUCUUAACUGUCUUUAUGGUCUAAAACUUGAGGUGAUGUGGGUCCAAGUACUUAGUUUACUUUUGUUUUAUUGUUUGUGGAGAAAAUGUUUAGGUAAUACAUUUACAUGAUAGAAUCCUCAGAAUUAAAGAAAACUUAUGAAGUGUGGAGGAGUGGAUUUUUUUCUUUAUCACAAAUGCAAUUACAUAAUGUUUCUUUUAGAUUGAUUUUAAGGAGAGGGAUUUUAAGGAAAAGGAGUGAGGAUUUAGCUAACAAGUUAUAUUCUAGGAUUUUUUUCAAUUAAGAUGUGGUGUUUUGAAAUUGUUUUUGUAGACUGGCCUUGCAGGUUCUAUUUUUUUCAGAUUGUGUUCAAAGUACUACUACCCUCUGCUUUGUAAAGGAUUGCUUAUGUGCUGUGCAAUGUCUCAUAAUUCUGUAAAACUUGCGAUGUUUGAAAAAAUUGUCUUAGUGUUCCAAUAUACUGAGUGAUCUUAAUGUAUUUUAAGUCGAAGUUGGCUGGACACUAAUAAUACGUGUUUUCCUAUGAAAGGAAUACGUGUCUUUCUAUAAAAGAUAAAAUUCUGAAGUGAUUAUCUUUCCCUCAUGAAUCAAUUUCAAGUCUAAAUUGUCUCCUUCACACACUGUGGAAUUGAGUAUUGGAUGUGGUCCCCCUCUACCCCUCCACUUUCUAAAGCAUUUAUUAAGCAUAUUGUAGUAGUAAAUACUUUAGUGGACUACUGUAUUACAGAGACUGUUUGCUUGUGUGUUCUGGUCUAAAAGUAGUAGGGAUCUGGUGACCAGGAGAACAUAUUUUUUAAGGACAAGUUGCGUCCUUUAUCCUCUGUCACUCAUACUCAAGCUGAAGGGGUUUUAGCCUCUGCUCUUCUCCUUCCUUGAAUUCCCACACUGAUUUUUUUUUUUUUUAAAUAACUCUUACUUUUAGAGGAGGAAGCCAUUAUGAGCAUCUUAUGUUUAAAUAGCAGGGCUAGAUGCUACUCUUGGUCUCUGGAUUUUGUGCUGUACUUCUUGUUCAUUGACAGUUGACAACAGUGAUUGCUGUUUUGAAAGCUACAAAUCAUGUUAGCCAAAACUACUGGAGUUCUCUGAUUCUGGCAGGUGCAGUUUUUUCAGCUUUAUCCGGAGACUCAGUUUUUGAGAGAUUUUUAGUGGCCCCUCUUUGAUAAGGGGGAGUACAAGGAAGAGUUUUAGGUAUGUUUUGUCUAGGUAAUACACUGAUUGCAAUUCUGUGUUCUCUUUAUUUGUUACCAUUUUAGCCGGCUUAUCUUUUUUCUGUAACAAAGAAGAAAUUAAGCAUUAUGGCAGUACCUCUGCUAAUGAUGAGUCCAUCGAAUACAGGCUUCCUGCAGAGGUUUUAGGCUUUUGUGUAUUCAAAGUGUGGCAAUUUUUGAAGAUUCUCAGAUAAGUAAUCCUUUUUCUGAAGUUGAUACAGAUGUAUUUCUUACAAAAGAAUCCACAGAAGCAUAUUGUUUAAGAUUCGAAAGAAAAGUAUUUCAUUUUAUGGUCAUAUGUUCUUAAGGCAUUUUGGGUUGGUAGAAUAGAACAAUUGAUUAAUAUUGACUCCUGUACAAAACCCGAACUUCUGUGCGUGCCUAAAGGCUUACAUUGUGGAAGUGAAUAAAAAUGGACAAUGUGCUUUUUUAAUUCUAGCUUAAGUAUUGUGCUGCUUCUAUUCUUAUUGUUAGCUCUGAAUAGAGAGCACAACUAACAUCUCUUUUGCAGUUUGGCUGCUUAAUGUAAAUGAGAAGUCGAGGUGUACCAAAAAGACUUUACAGAGGGGUUGCGUAGCUUAAAUAAGUAAUUUUUCCUUUCUUGUUAGUGAGACACAAAUAAUUAAGAUCAAAAGUAGACUAUAUCUUUAUUACAUAUAAAAAGAAAUAAGAAUCUAGGCUUAAAAGCACAAUAGUCAGAUUUCUGAAAUGCGUGUCCUUUGAGGAAAAUAAAAUGUGCCAGGAGCUCGAAGUGGUUGUAUGGACUAUAGAAACUGCAGUCAAUCAGGCUUUGCUGAAGCAAAAGAAAAGAAGCUAUAACAAAGUGCGUGGUAAAAAAAAAUAAUACAAGGAAGGAAAAAAACCAAGGUGUUGAGCACUUGGGAAUAGGAAAAGAUGAACACAAUCUAAAAAAUGUGGCCAGAAAUAAGAAAUGAUGAUUGGAAAGGAAAAGAACAGUAAGAAAUUAUAUUUGAUGAGAAUGCAUAAAAUGCAUAAAACUAUGCAGUAUGACGUUCUCUUUCUUUUAGCAAUAUUCAGAUAGUUGGGUGAUUCCCCCCUCCCACCCCCAGCAAAAACUCAUCUUUUUUUUUUCCUGUAAUGAAAAUCAGUGCCUCCCUUUAACUGUUUCCUAAUGUGGUAUUCCGUCUUGCAGGUAUAAACCAAUUUGCCCUCUGAAAACUUAGUCUUAUUGCUAAGGGUGAUGGUGUAAUCUCAGUCUGGAGCUUUGUUGGUGAGGUAUGUAUUUGGUGAGUGGAAGGUGAGCAAUUUUAAUUGUGGAAAUGGGAGCUGGAGUGAAUUAAAGAGAAAAUGAAUGGAUUCUUUCAGCCAGAAAAUGAUUGAAGCACCAUACUGAAGAUGUUAGGGGAAAAAAAAAUAGGUGCGGUGUUCUAAGGUCUACAGAAUUCUUGCAGUGGACUGUAAUCAUUGGUGAAUAUGUUAGUCCAUAUUUUUCAAGUUGCUUAAAUGUCUGUGGAUAAGCAAGACUUCUAGUUAAAUCAUCAUGUUCUGAAAACGAGUUAAAACAUUCAAAACGUAAUGUGAAAAGGAUGCACACUUUUUAAAUACCACAGACAGAUACUAUAACAUAGGCAGAAAAUUGUCGUUCUGUCCUAUCUUACACGAGGCUCUUGAGGACAAUUUCCUUCUUCUGUGUAAAUGAAAGCCACCAAUUAAAAUAAAAGGUCUUGGUUACUUUUUAGAAGUGUUACACUAACAGUAAGCCUGGUCAAAUUUUCGUGUUGUCAGCAUUCACAGUGCUGUUAUGGGGAGAAGGUGUCUGUUAAAAUAGUGGAAUACAGCUCCACACUCUAGAUACGUUUGAUUUUUGUAACCUAAAUUUAGACUGUAUUUAAAACUUUUGAUGUUGUAAUCAGCUGCUUCAAAUCUGAAGACAGAAGAAAAAAAUAUGCAAUGUAUAAAUGAUGUAAUAUAAAGGUUUUUUGUAAGUUUCUCUUCGAAUUAAAGAUGCUGAAGAACUA